CCUCAUAACCCACUCUGUGUGAACAGUGAUUUUCUAUGGUUCUGUUUUCCUCCUUGAGGGGUGGACACUGGAUGAUGGGCCACCAUUUCCACUCUUCAUUUUUUUCAAAGUACCCACGCUGAUAUUAAAGCUAUCUAAGGGAGCAUGAGCCACUUGCAGAACUUAUUGUUAGAUAGUCUCCUGGGAACGAAGCAUGUGGACAGCGCAGCCCUCAUCAAACUACAUGAGCGGAGCGUGUGUGUCUCAUCGCCAGGAUUUAGUCUAAUGCCGAGUGAUGUCCGAACACUUGUGAAUGGAUUUGCCAAAAACCCUUUGCAAACCCGCAGAGAAGGGUUGUAUUUCAAGGAGAAGGAUUACAAAUGCGUCCGGGCAGAUGACUAUUCUCUUUAUGCUAAGAAUGACAACAGAGGUGUGAUUGUUGUGAAGACCCAUCUGUUUCUUCUGGUGGCCACUUAUAUUGAGGGAAUGUAUCCAAGUGUCUGUGUAGAAGCCACAGAGAAACUGGGAGACUAUCUAAGAAAAAAAGGACAUUAAGUUAUAAGAGGACUAUAAAAGACAACUUUUUCAUUUUAGAAGAAAACUAUAGAUCCCAAAGAAACAAUGUCUUAUUUUGUGGUUGGAAAACACAAGGCAGAAGAUACCCAAAAAGAAGACUGAGUUAAGGGGGCAAUUUUUCUUAUUUCAAUAGAUUAUCUUUGAUUGGAAUUACUUGAUUAACUUCUUUUUCUUUAUUGUUAGUUUUGUUUUAUUUUGUUUUGUCUUGGCCAUUGGCAUGGAGUGUGAGAGCACUGAGAAAACUGUUGGGAGUUUUAUCUCUAUGAGGCUCUUGUACUCCUAACACCAGAUAGACCAAGAAUGCAAGGCCCUAACCACUCUUUAUCUAGAUGACUACUCAGAAUGACACUGCAGCAAGCAACCUUUAAAAAUGAUAUGUUUCCCUUCAAGGUAAAGAGCAAACUUGGUCAUUGCUUGCUAUAAAAUAAGUAGAGUCCCUGAGCUCAACAUUCCUCUCCUAUAAUGUAGUUUACUGCAUUUGUGACAUCCCUCUGGUCUAUAUCACCAAUGUGGGAUCUAGAAGUAAGGGGAACUUAAUGCCACCCAGCAAUGGGCCACUAGUCAAAGUGUUAGAUGAACAUUCCAUAUUCCAUCUGAAAACAUUUGGUAUUAUUGACUAUUGUA